UCCGGCUGACGUCGCUGCACACAGAACAGGUGCGCCGUUUGAGAGCUCUGAUUGGAGGAGAGGCGCUCAGGCGUGUCCUGAUUGGCUAAGGGGCGUGUCCUCAGGUGCAGCGCUGCACUGAGUGCACUCGUCUAGUCCACUGCUGAGCACAGUGCAGGGAAGUGAACACAGUCUCGAGACAAAAGUCUUACGUUGGACGUCAUUAUAAUUGUAUAAACAGGCAGAUGUGGUGAGUUGAAGCAUUUUUAUAAUAGAGACUGAUACACUGAUAACUAAAUAAGACAACACGAAGAACUGUUUUCCUACCUGCUUGAGUGUUUUUUUAAAAGUCUGAGGAUUUGUAUUAACCUAUAAUGCUUAAUGUGCUUUUGGAGGGUAAAUUAAACUCUUGAUGAGUGAUUUCUAGGUUAUAGUUGAGAUUGGUAUAGAUGGUGUGGAUGUUGGUAGAGGUUCUGUUAGCAGAAGGAAUGACCACGCUGACCAAGAGGAACCGGCGCUCUGAGGCUCCAGCGGAGCGAUGCAGUAAUGCUGAGGAGAAGACCGAAGAGGAACAGGACACCGACUCCAAAUCACUGAGACUCACUCUGAUGGAGGAGAUUCUGCUGCUGGGGCUCAAAGAUAAAGAGGGCUACACGUCGUUCUGGAACGACAGCAUCUCGUCAGGCCUGCGCAGCUGCAUUCUGGUGGAGCUGGCGCUGAGAGGACGCAUUCAGCUCGAACCGCAGAGCUCACGCAAGAGAAAACUACUGCACCGCAAGGUGCUGGUGAAGUCCUCCGCUCCCACAGGUGAUGUGCUGCUGGAUGAAGCGCUGAAGCACAUCAAGAGCACCGAGCCGCCGGAGAACGUGGCCUGCUGGAUCGAGCUGCUCACCGGCGAGACAUGGAACCCCUUAAAGCUGCACUUCCAGAUGCGUAACGUGCGCGAGCGCCUGGCGAAGAGUCUGGUGGAGAAGGGUGUCCUGACCACAGAGAAGCAGACCUUCCUGCUGUUCGACAUGACCGCGCACCCGCUGACGGACAGCAGCGAGAAGCAGCGUCUGGUGCAGCGUCUGCAGGACAGUCUGCUGGAGCGCUGGAGCAACGACUGGCGCCGCAUGAGCCGCCGCAUGCUAGCGCUGAUCCUGCUAGCGCACGCCGCAGACGUGCUGGAGAACACACUGAGCUCGCUGAGCGACGAGCGCUACGACACGGCCUGCUCGCGCUCACGCAGCCUGCUGGAUGCCGACCCCGAGCUGGAGAGUGCAAAGGUCACGACCCCCGCCGAGGAGGUGAUCUGGGCCGUGCUGGCGGCCUUCAACAGAUCCUGAGAGAACGCUCUUCAUAGACAGCAUCCUAACUGACGUGACGCCUCCUAAGUGUGCUAUACAAAGACAGCAGCGUGAAGCGCAGGCUUGUCUUCGACGCCACACGAUGCCAGGGUUAUUAUCGGUAGCUAAAGCAUAAAACAAACA